CCUCCAGGUAACCCGGAAGUUGUACUUGCGAGGCUACUUUCCUUCUCCCACAAUCCCUCGCGCUCUUCCUUUCCAACCACGGCCCUGCAGGAUGGCUCCCGCAAAGAAGGGCGGCGAGAAGAAGAAGGGCCGGUCCGCCAUCAACGAGGUGGUGACAAGAGAAUACACCAUCAACAUUCACAAGCGCAUCCAUGGAGUGGGUUUCAAGAAGCGUGCCCCUAGGGCACUCAAAGAAAUCCGGAAGUUUGCCAUGAAGGAGAUGGGAACUCCGGACGUGCGCAUCGACACCAGGCUCAACAAAGCCGUCUGGGCCAAAGGAAUCAGGAAUGUCCCGUACCGGAUCCGUGUGCGGUUGUCCAGAAAACGUAAUGAAGACGAAGACUCACCAAACAAGCUCUACACUCUGGUUACCUACGUGCCCGUCACCACCUUCAAAAAUCUACAGACAGUCAAUGUGGACGAGAACUAAUUGCUGAUGGUCCAAUAAAGUUAUUGAACUGUC